AUGGCAGAGAUUCACGGCAUUUUCAAUAGCCUGCUGGUGGUCAGCUGCGGCUGCGCAAUGUACACCUUGGAUCCGGAAAGGACCCCGUAUGCCUACGGGGCGGCGGUCCUGUGUCUGUUCCACGGACUGCUGGGCGUGCUGCGUGCCGCUUUCAACGCUGACGACUACUGCAAUCGCCUGAGUCUGAUCUCAGCGGGAGUCAUGGAGAUUGCUCCGCUGAGCCUGGUCAGCAUCGAACUGCACCUGAAGUCAUCGCAUCCCACCCUGGCAGUGGCCCACAGCUACUUUAUGGUGCCCCUCGCCUUCGACAUCAUGGCCAGAAUGAGCGAUACCAAGGACGUCUUCACGGAAAAGCUCAAGCAGCUCACACCCACUGGAAAGCUCGUGGGUCAGAGCCUGCUGGCCAAUACCCUUCUCAUUGUACUGAUGAUCCUCACCCUGUCGGCCAUGUAA